GGCGUGUUGUGUUGGCUCGUAUACUCUCACGCCAACCAAAACUACCGGCCGAUAAACAAAAUAAUGACCAGUGUACCACAUUACGUGCAACGCGAGUGCAAUAAGCGACAACAGUGUGUGAUAACGAGAAUGUAACGUGCGUGUUGUGUAUCAAGCAGUGCGUUUUUGAACGUGUUUUGGAGUUCGCGGCGCGUGGACAGCCAUGCCCGUCGUGUUUAGAUGCAAUCGAGCGCAAUUAACAAGCCACCUCAAUAGCAUUUUAAUUUUCACGUGACAAAAGUUAUCUGUGAUCUCAUUUUAUCAUUUAAGUACCAAAAAAACCCUCAAAAAUCCGCAAAAAGGCGUCUAACUGAUAUUUAAAAAAAAAGAAUUAUCGAAAGUGGAAUUUGAAACUUCGAACACGAGAGCGUAGUGUUGUACCGUCAUGGAUGACAGAUAGUGUGGUUUAGGGAUGGGAUAAUGUGGGGGUGGUUUGGAUGGUGAAAAUGCCUCAUGCGCAGUCGAGUUCGGCUGCGAGCUCGGGCGGGGACGACCUGGGCUCCACGGAUGAGGUCAAGGUCUUCAAGGACGAAGGGGACGGAGAAGACGAGAAACGGAGUUCCGAGAACCUUCUUGAGGAGAAGUCCAGUCUCAUUGAUUGGACUGAGAGUGAGGAGAAAUCCGGUGAACCGUAUUCCGGUAAACUCUCAGUGAAGUCGGAUCUUAGUCCGGUUUUUAGUAAAUUUGAGCACCCAGCGGCGGGGUUCAACAUGGGCUACCUCGUGGCGCCGUACCCGUACCCCAACGGUGGUGCCCAUCCGCUACCCGUCUCAAUGACGGGCAAGAUGGGUCUCCCGGCGGGCGGGGGUCUCUCCCUAUUCUGCCCCGGUGGGGAGCUCGGCCAGCCGCCGCCGGCGCAUAUGGGCAUUCCACCGCCUUACCAGCUCGAUUCCAAACUCGCAGCUGGUUUGGCGCGGACGCCCAUGUACCCUUUUCCGGGGGGUACUUACCCUUACCCCAUGCUCAGUCCGGAGAUGUCGCAAGUAGCAGCGUCGUGGCAUACUCCGAGCAUGUAUCCGAUAUCAUCGGCGGCCAGCGGCUUCCGGAGUCCGUACCCCACCUCGCUGCCCAUCACCACUUCUAGUCUAUCGAGGUAUGUUGAAUCGAGUGAAUUAUACCGGUUCUCUCCGACACUGGGCGGCGGGCUCGGCCUCGGGCUCGGCCCCGCGCUGGUGCCUCCGCCCCCCACCAAAGCGGAACUCGAGUCCCAUCAUGCGCGGUAUGCGAGGUCACUAGAAAAAGGCAACAGCAGUUCAACGAGCGACAAGCCGGCAGAGAGCUCGUCAAACUCAAACAACAAGGAGGCAAAUAAGAAGCCCCACAUAAAGAAACCUUUAAACGCCUUCAUGCUUUAUAUGAAGGAAAUGAGAGCGAAGGUGGUGGCCGAAUGCACGCUCAAAGAAUCUGCUGCCAUCAACCAAAUAUUAGGACGACGGUGGCAUUCGUUGAGUCGCGAGGAGCAAGCAAAGUACUAUGAGAAAGCGAGACAGGAGAGACAACUCCACAUGCAACUUUACCCUGGCUGGAGCGCCCGCGACAACUACGGUUACGGUUCCAAAAAGAAAAAACGGAAAAAGGAUCGAAGUCCCGCUGAGUUGGGAGGAAAUAAUUUGAAGAAAUGUCGAGCGCGAUACGGCCUCGACCAACAGAACCAAUGGUGCAAACCGUGCAGGCGGAAGAAGAAGUGCGUUCGCUACAUGGAAGCCCUGGCGGCCGCAUCGGGUACAGUGCCUCUGCCCAUGACGACGCCCCAGUCGCCCUGCUCUGAAGAAGACGUCAAACUCGAGGAAUUGUCUGACGCAUCCAGUGACGGGGAUGCUGAUACGCCUCUCAACUCAGCGUCGAGUCCAGGAGGCUUAUCAGCAUUAUCUUCCCUAGCCUCCCCUGCGUCAGACCCUCCCCCCAACCCGCCACGGAACCCCGUGGGUACCAAUCCACGCGACGCUAACAACCCCCUCUCCGUCGGACAGCUGACCAGCCAAUCCUGGCCCAGAGCCGCCCAAGCUAGGCCCGGACACGAAGUGAUAUCAGUAUCAUAGUGCCAGUGCCUGUCCUGUCAAGGACAUACGGACACGACUUUAGGAUUGGUGCUGCGUUUCUGCGAUACACUCUGUGCGCAUUUUAGCUCGAGGUUCUUUUCUUUAAUACAAACUUUUCGUGCCGAGGUAAAAUCUUUACAGAGUCUAUCGUUAUAGAAAUUAUUUGAAACUUUGCCAUAAAACGAAAGGAACUUUAACGGAAUAGCAAUUUUUUAAAAGUACACGUAGCGACAUCUGUUGUCGAGUUUUAGUAAGUAAAGCAGCGCCACCUUGGGAAUGGAUCCGGAAGCAAGUCGUGUUGGUUGUGAUAAAAAUAGGUACCAAUUUCUGAAAUUGAAAAUAUUGACGUGUUUUUGUGUGAUGCCUGGAAGUACCCGCAUUUAUGUGUACUAUACUGUUUUGUAUUAUAUUGGGUCUUCAACUUAUUCGUUAUUUAUAGAUAUGAUGUGUUACGUUACAGUUUUUAGACCAUUGUAAGCUAUACCACUAACAAAAUACUUUUGUGGACAAUGUAAUCGUAGCAACAGCACUGUGUUUGAAAGUAACACUUCGUAACUUUAAAAAUCUAGUAUUUAAAAAGUACAUCCAUCUAAUUUUUGAUUAAAAAAGUAUUUUCUAUGACCUACAAUAAAUAUUCUUACAUCCUUUACAACCAAAUGCGCGGUACUUCUAAAAAUCAUGCAAAGUAUUUAAACAACUGCCUAUACAAAACAGUCACAUUCAAAAUGAUCUCAAAAUCGUGAGCCUAAUUCAAGUCAUGUAUUUGCAUUUCAACAGUCCAUAUUAUUUAAUAUCGGAAUACAAAAUUAACUAUUUUUGCAUAGCUAGUCACAUUCGUGUGCCAUUUUUUCAUUUGAAGACAAAAAUACUUUCUUUAUUUCAAUGAAGUUUAUGAAAAGGAGAUGUUUACCAGAGAGCAUUAACGAGCUUCAAAACGAUCAAUUCACGUUUGCGUCGAGGGGAACAAGGUUUUCAUCGUCGUUGCACCAGAUGCUACAACUCAUAAUUACAAGGUACGAAGGAAGAUUCGUGUAUGAUCAUGUCGAUGUUCGACAUCAAACAAUUGUAAGAUCUAAUACGUGUUGAUCACACAACCAAAAUAGUACGUCAAAAGUUGUUUGAUCGUUUCGAAGUUCUUAUGUAUGUCAAAAUAAUAUUAUCUGAUCGAUAUUAUUGUCAGCAGUACCUGACAGCGCCAUCUAGUAAGCGCCUGAGCUAAACAAAGCCCCGGUAAAACAACUUUUACUUUGAAUUUUUGUAUUCAGAUAAUAAAAACAUGGAUUUAUUACCACAAUCGUGAAUUAAUCAUGAUUUUAGUGUACCAAAAAAGGGAAUUACAGACGUAAUUCUUUUAAAUGUUUCUUUAGACAUCAGAGUUAGAAGUCAUUAUUACUUCUGUUUUUCUUGUUAGGUAAAUAUGGGAUGUAAAAAUGAACGGUAUACAGUGGUUGAUAAUGUAGUUAUAACACAAGAAUAAAAAACCCAUACGUCCCGUGUAAUAUUAAGUGUCGUGGCCUCUUAGAAAUUUUACAUUACAAAGAUGAAAUUUCUGGUUUCAGUUCGGAUUUUCAUACACAAUUGGUUUACUUUUUAAGCACAUACAAUUUCCUUAGUAAGCCUCACUCAAGUUUAUCUUUCGGAAAUUUCCAAAUAGGAACAUUUUUACAUCCUUUAUUGAACAUAAUAUAAUUCUAAUUGCUCUCUUUAUGGACUUUUCGUGCUAAAAAACGACAUUUAUUUCCUAUAUCGAAUGGCCUGCACCAAUAAGGUUCCAUGUAGCGAUAGAGAUUUUAGUUUUAAUAUUUUCCCUUUGCUUAAAAAUGUAAAAAGUAAAAUUUAAGGCAGAGGCAAAGGGAAAAUUGUUUUUCCGUUGUGCGGAACACGUUAGACUGUCGUAGGUUAGAAUAGGAACGUUGUAUGAGUGAAUUUAUCGUUGGUAAUGUACCGAUAUUGGCCUAUUAUUCGUCUUAAUAUAUGUUUUACUACUAAAAUGCAGUUUCGCCGAGUUUACAAUACCUUAAUAUGGAAUUAGUUAAAGCGCCAUCUAGUAUUGCUAUAAUGAACUGGAAGGCUAUUUAAUCAUACAAUGUAAUUCUGACUUUAUUCGUGCUGGAAUGCGGAGCGCUAGUUUCUCUGUGCUUUUAUUAUUCCCGCAGGUCUUGUCGAUGUAAUACAUUAAUGGAUUUUGUUGCAAAAAGGCAUUUUGGUACAUAAUCAACUAUUGUAUAUGUGUAAGUACAUUCAUGAUGUAAAUGUAUAAAAUAGGUUUAAUCUAACUGUGUCAUAUUAGGUAGUAAGUGUACUAUGCUACUUACAUAAUUAUUACUAUAUAAAAAAAGAAGUUUAAAGAAAAAUAUUAGUUGAAUACAUUGACGUGCAUAUCCGAAAUUAUUUUACCAAUUUUUACAAAACGUGACCCCAUUAUAAACAAUGUUGUAUAUAAAAAUUUGUAAUUCAUUGAGUAAUAUUAGAUCAUUUUUGGUAAAAUAUUUGCAUUUAUCUUAUUAUAAAAAAAAAUUGCCCUCGGAAUGUUCUUGGAUGGUUUGUUUUAUCCACCACUUCUUUUUGUUAAUUACUUUUUUAUUGUUAUUAUUAAGAAUUUUAAUGUUGUUAAUUGAAAUAUCGAUAACCCAUGAUUUUUAAUAGAAAUUGUGCUCUCGUGAUUUGGAAUAAUAUUUUUGAAUAAUCCUGAUUUAUCAAGUCUCAAGACCAACAGUGUAUUAUUUUUACUGACAAAAAUAUGGUGUAUUAUUUGACGGACAAAAAUAACAUCAAUAUAGAAAUCGAAUUUAUUUACCAAUUAAGGUUACUUUCCCUCUGAUUAGUUUGUUUUGAUAAUUCUUUUUUUUAUUACACCUGUCUUAAUAGUGACAAAAGAUAAUAUCCACAGAGAUACUUAGUAUCGGUUUUCAUUUACCAAGCGACAUUUAUUUUUGCAUGUAUUGCUCUUCCGUAUCAUUUUGCAUGAAAUCCGAUGUGCAAUAAAUUAAAAAACGAGAAUAAUAUGGGUACUGUAUAGUUUUUUUCUAAUUAUAAAAUUAGAUUUUGCAUUAAAUUUAAUUUUUAAGUUCUAUUUUUUGAAUUGAUUUAAAAAAGGAAUAUGGAAUUUUGUUUUUUUUAACUUCGCAGUGCUUUUUACGUUCAACUUUAAUUGUAUUUUAAUGAUGUUUUUCUAAAUCCUGUGCCAAAACCAUCUAGGACUCAAAUAGCCAGGGAGACACGGAUAAUAUUUUUAACUAUUAUAAAAUAUCUGUGCCAAAUUGUAACUAUUAAAAUAACAGUUGGUGUUUCGUAAUGCCCGAUACCUCUGAAGGUCUUUUUAUGUUGAUAGAUUUUAUAGGUUGUUUUUAUUGUUAAGAGGGUAAAGACAGCUCAUAUGAGCUAGAUUAUUUCAUGAUGUUUUGUAGAGAAAUUCGUCAAAUUAGAAAACUCAAUUAUUAGGUCUGGUCCCA